AUGGCAACUGCCCCCCACGCCUCCCUCGCCAACUCGAAAAAUCGCGCAAACAGCCAUCUCCGACCCCGACCCUCUCGGUCUACUCUCAUCGGCGGGCACCUCCGCAUCGCUUCUUAUAAACAAACCGGACGGGAGCAAAUCGCAUUAUGCGGCAGUUUAAGUCAUAUUCUUGUUGCCUUGUUGGCGCUCGGCCCCCGUCCGCCUUUCCUCCUGUCUUCUCCCCCUACCAAUCACGUUGGCCUUGACCCACUGCACUGUCCGUUCCCCAACAGCUCCCCAUCGCUCGCUGUCUUCCAGCGCCUACCUACUUUAUCCAUUUCUCCUUUCUGCGGGUUGCCGUCUCCCUGGGCGUCGUUGUCUGAUGAGAGCGGGUCCACGCUGGGGCCACGGACGACAACCCUAGGCCACUUCUGGCCGCCAGUACUCUGGCGAGACCUUCCCCCCCCCCGAGCUCCGACCUCGAGCGAGCCCGCCGUCUCUGUCAUCCUGGACGGCACGGGGCACCGUCGUCGCCCUUGGCCUAGGGUUGUCGUCCGUGGCCCCAGCGUGGACCCGCUCUCAUCAGACAACGACGCCCACUACGAGGCGGGCUUCCACUCGCUCCACUAUCUUCCCGACGACGUCGUCCUGUCCGUGGCCUUCAACAUUGAAGGCUGCCUCAUGGACAGAGGAGGCAAGCGUGCGGGUCUGGAGUGGACGCCGUCAACGAUUAUCGUCCACGGCAGAGUUGCCGACGAUGACUCGUCGACCGACUCCUCCCCAGCCAAGCAACCGGACUCCUCGCCUGCAAAGAGGCCUCGCCAAGAAGCCCUUUCUGCUGACGUUUUGCUCGGCAAAACGCCAGUGAAGAAGGCGAAGACAGGUUCUACGGACUCUUUGGCGGCCGGCAGCCCUUCCGCUUCCAGCUCAGACGACGUUUUCGGGGGUCCUGAGCCGUUAAGGAAGAGCAAACGCUCCAGGAAGGGAAAAGAGAAGGAGGAUCGGGAUUUUGUACGAUAA